AUGAAAGAUUUAGGUGAUGCUAAUGUGAUACUUGGAAUUAAGAUAACUAGGUCUGAAAAAGGAUUCUCUUUGGAUCAAUCUCAUUACAUUGAAAAAAUCAAUAAGAAGUAUAAUUACUUUGAUUGUAAACCAACAUGUACUCCUUAUGAUCCUAGUGUAAAGUCUUUCAAGAACAUUGGUGACAGUGUUAGACAAACUGAGUAUGCGAGCAUCAUUGGUAGCCUUCGAUUUGUUAUUGAUUGCACUAGGUCUGAUAUAGCUUAUGCCGUAGGAGUACUAUGCAGGCUUACAAGUAGACCUAGUUUGGAGCAUUGGUAUGUUAUUGAGAGGGUCAUGCGGUACCUUAAAAGGACGAUGAACCUUGGAUUACACUAUGAGAAGUUUCUUGUUGUCCUAGAAGGAUAUAGCGAUGCUGAUUGGAAUACCCUGUCAGAUGAUUCAAAGGCUACUAGUGGAUAUAUAUUUAAUAUUGCUGGUGGUGCAGUUUCAUGGAAGUCUAAGAAACAGACUAUUCUGGCUCAGUCCACAAUGAAGUCAAAGAUGAUAGCCCAUAAGCAUCUAUUGCAAAAAUUCAGAACCGUUAUUUUAACGGCAAGAGGCGACCAAAUACGUCGCAAGCACAGUACUAUUAGAGAGUUUCUUUCUAAUGGGGCUGUAAGAGUGGAUUAUGUACGGUCUGAUGAGAAUUUAGCUGAUCCUUUGACGAAAGGACUAGCACGAGAAAAGGUUUGGAAAACCUCAAAAGGAAUGGGACUAAAACCCCUAGAAGGUUAA